UAGGUGAAUGGACACGGUUUCACAGCUCAAAUGACAUACGAAAGAAAGGAGGAAGAAAAAUCAGAGGACCUCCUUACAGCUCUCGGCACACAUCUCAACUUGAGAAAACACCUAAAAUUAAGCUGUCAUUCUCGAUCCGUUUAUUCCUUUGUUUCAUUUCUUGUCAAUCUUUCCUUCCGCGUCCGCAUCACCAACCUAGCUCUUUCUUAGCUCCUAACAGCACCAUCAUCAUCAUCACCUUGCUUGGCCCUAUUCGCCUUUUAAUUUGAUUAGAGAUGGUGCUGUAAGAUAAUAAUAAUAAUAAUAAUAAUAAAAACAAAAGAGUGUGAGAGAGAAAAGAAUGACAUGCAGCCAAAUCAUAUUAAUAUUAUCAUUACCGGUGACACCUUCUUUAGAAUAAGAGAAUCAUUGUUGUGGGUUUUGGUGGCUGAUCUCUUGUCCUCUCAUUAUCAUUGUCAUCUUCGAUGCUAAUGGGCGCGCGCUAUGCUCCGCUUGUGCGUGCACCCACAGCAUUAAUAUUGGCCUUGGUUGUUUUGGUAUUGGUUUCAUCAUCAUGUGCAGCUGGAGGCGCAAGCGGCGAUGCAGAGGCAUUAUGGAAUUUCAGGGAUUCAUUGACAAAUGUGGUAGCACUUAGCAGUUGGGAUCCAUCCAUAAACCCAAAGCCACCUUGCUCUGGCAAUAUUCCUAACUGGGUGGGGUUGUUUUGUAUUAAUGACAAGGUUUGGGGGUUGCGGCUUGAGAACAUUGGGCUAACGGGCAACAUUGACGUGGGAUCUCUAGGUUCAAUGUCUGCUCUUCGGAUGAUUAGCCUAAUGAACAAUACAUUUGUGGGUCCUUUGCCCAACCUCAAGAUGCUGCCAAACUUGAAGGCCCUCUACUUGUCAUACAAUCAUUUCUCAGGACAUAUACCUGACGAUGCAUUUGUUGGUUUACAAAAGUUGAGGAAACUCUAUUUGGCCAAUAACGAGUUUACAGGUAAUAUUCCUUCUUCCAUCACUACCUUGCCUAGUCUCCUCGUUCUCAGACUUGACGCUAACAAGUUUCGAGGUCAAAUCCCCGCUUUUCAACACAAUCAUUUGAAGAUUAUCAAUCUCUCCAACAACGAGUUAGAGGGUCCUAUCCCCGCCAAUCUAACCGCCUUCGACGCCUCCUCCUUUAGCGGCAACCCACGCCUAUGUGGGCCGCCUCUGAAGAAUGAGUGUGAAGAAGCUGUAGCCCCAGUCCCAACGCAGGAGAGUACUACUUCAACUAAAAUGCGCGUUAUGAAAAUUUUACUUAUUCUGAUCGUGAUCGCAUUCAUAAUAGCCAUCCUGGUUUCAGUAUUGGCCAUAUGUCGCUUGAGAUCCCAAAAGCAGCUGCAACAGCCAGAUCAUCAUCAUCAUCAGUCGUCGUUCACCAACAAACACAUUCCUCCUCAUCCCGUUUUUGUGAAAACCAAAAGCCUAGCUGAACACUAUGAUGCUAGUCCUAAGCAUGUGUCAUCAGAUCAUCAUAGUCAUGGACAUUCUUCCAAGAAGGAGAAGGGGGAACAGAGCAAGCUUAUAUUCUUGAGGCAGGACCAACUCAAGUUUGAUUUACAAGAUUUGCUAAGGGCCUCCGCUGAAAUUCUAGGCAGUGCCUCAUUUGGUUCUUCCUACAAGGCAGUGGUUUUGGAUGGCCAAGCCGUGGUUGUUAAAAGGUACAAGCAAAUGAACAAUGUGCCGAGAGAGGAGUUUCAUGAGCAUAUGAGAAGGUUGGGAAAUCUCAACCAUCCCAACCUUCUUCCGCUUGUGGCCUAUUAUUAUAGAAAAGAAGAGAAGCUCCUCCUCUCUGCCUUUGUUCACAACGGUUGCUUGGCUAGCCACCUUCAUGGUAAUCAUAACCAUGAAAGGCCGGGGCUUGAUUGGUCAACCCGAUUAAAAAUUGUCAAAGGGGUAGCAAGGGGUUUGGCUUACCUAUACAAUGCACUCCCAAGCCUGAUUGUACCUCAUGGCCAUCUUAAAUCUUCCAAUGUGUUGUUGGAUGAAUUAUUUGAGCCCCUACUCACUGAUUAUGCCCUCAGUCCAGUCAUCAAUCUUGACCAUGCCCAACAAAUCAUCAUGCCUUACAAAUCUCCCGAGUAUGCUCAACUUGGUCGCAUUACAAAGAAAACUGACGUAUGGAGUUUUGGAAUUCUCAUAUUGGAGAUCUUGACGGGCAAAUUCCCUGAGAACUAUAUCGCACACAGGCAUAAUACUGAUGCUGACAUAUCCAGUUGGGUAAAUAUGUUAAUUACCGAGAAGCGGACGAGUGAAGUGUUUGAUGUAGAGAUGGGAGGAAUCGGAAAUAGUAAAGCUGAAUUGCUCAAACUUUUAAAGAUUGGUUUGAGUUGUUGCGAGGAGAAUGUGGAAAGAAGGUUGGAUAUCAAGGAAGCUCUUCAGCAGAUUGAAGACUUGAAAGAAACUGAAAAUGAUGGAGAUCAGUACUCUUCAUCUCUCAUCACCACCGAGAGGGAUGCUUAUAGAGCUGUGUGAUUGUACGUACGUGUGGAAGGUGGCUUUCCCAAGCCAUGAAGAUCAAUCAAUAUAUAUGCUAUUAAUUAACCUUCAAUUCUUUAAAUUAUUAAUUAGUUUUUGUGUCUAUGUCUUUUAAUUUCUUUCUUGUUAUCAUAACAUAGGUAUUUGCAGUGAUUUCUCUAACUCAACUCCAUGUUGUAUUGUCUAAAUAGAACUAGCUAUAGUUAGCUUUUGCCCUC